AUGCCAUACCUCGGUCGACCCUCAAGCGCCAGCCGAACUGGGACGUCAGCGCCCGGCGGCAAAGAGUCUGCCAGCAAGAAGAAGGAGGAACCGCCUCCCGAACUUACUCCCUUAGAAAAGAUGCUCCAAAAUGCCGGCCCUCUACGAAAAGACGGAACUGACAAGUUCUUCGGCCUAGAAAACGCACUAUACUACUCGGAAGCGUUUCGCAACCACGUCGUAAAUUAUCCACCCGUCGAAGACUAUACGAAUGGCGUGCGACCAAAGGUCAACGUUACCAUGAGACCACCUUUGAACGGAAGCGCGACACAGCCUCCGAAUAAGAAGGGAUCCACAUCGUCCGAUUCAACUAAGCGCCGUCAGGUCAGCGGAGCUGGAGGCCCCAACCAGCCGGGCACACGACCAGAGGACAAGCCCGAUUCGCCCGAGUAUAAGAAGAAGCAGGCUAUGAUGAAGGGGCCGAUUUUAGAAGUGUCGCACGAGAAUACGACCGCCUACGGGAUGGAGGAGUGCACAUUUACAGGUCUCAAGGAUAUAUUUCUCGCUUUACUCGAGAGCCAAACCCGAACCGGCGUGUUGAGCCCUCAGCGCUUCCUCGAAAUCUUCAAGCGCGAUAAUGAGAUGUUUCGAAACUCGAUGCACCAGGACGCCCACGAGUUCUAUGGUUUGGUGUUGAACGACGUAAUAUCCAAUGUCGAGGCGAAUGCGAAGCGUACACGCGAGAGGGAGCUCGCAAAGCAGAUAGGCAGUGGCGCUUUAGCGGAGUCGACGGCGGUGGCAGUCAGCUCACCUACCGUAGUGACGAAUGGGAACUCCAAGCUAGCAUCUACGGGAUGGGUCCACGAUAUCUUUGAAGGAGUCUUAACUUCGGAAACUAAGUGCCUGACCUGCGAGACGACAUCGCAAAGAGACGAAACUUUCCUUGACCUCUCUAUUGAUCUGGAGGAGCACACAUCGGUAACGUCUUGCCUUGGCAAGUUCUCGGCCGAGGAAAUGCUCUGCGAGCGCAACAAAUUUCACUGCGAUCACUGCGGCGGCCUCCAGGAGGCGGAGAAGCGGAUGAAGAUUCACAAGCUUCCGAAAGUGCUCGCGUUCCAUCUGAAGCGGUUCAAGUAUACCGAAGACUAUAGUAGGUUGCAAAAACUCUUCCACCGUGUAGUGUAUCCUUAUCAUUUGCGACUCUUCAACACGACGGAUGACGCCGAAGAUCCCGACAGGCUGUACGAGCUCUAUGCGGUAGUGGUGCAUAUCGGCGGCAAUGCAUAUCAUGGCCACUAUGUGUCGGUUAUCAAGACGAAGGAUCGCGGCUGGCUCCUGUUCGAUGACGAGAUGGUUGAGCCUGUCGAUAAACACUUUGUGAGGAAUUUCUUUGGCGACAAGCCCGGAAUGGCUUGCGCCUAUGUAUUAUUUUAUCAGGAGACGACGUUUGAAAAAGUCCGAGCCGAGCAGGAGGCGGAAGGCUUUGACGACCUUAUAAUUAGCAACGACAAGGCAGCUUGCGACGUGCCGGCGCAGGAAAAUGGCGUUGCGAAUGGUGCCAACGGAGCACAUCCGAUCAAGCACGAGCCUCAACCGGCUAGCGCCGAGCUUGACGGCGAUACGUUACCGCCGCUAGUUCAUUCGUAUACCGAGCCCAUCCCUUCAACGAUUACUACUAGCAAUCCUAUUUCGGUACCCGCACCACCUCUUACCCCAGCAACCCCGUUGACCGCGACAGCCACGCCGACGACGACUAAGCUGGAGGUAUCAAAGACGAAGGAGGAACUAAAACGGGAAAAGAAAGAGGCGGAGGCGGCGGAAAAGGCGGCGGAGAAGGCCAGGAAGCAUGCGGCGAAGCUUGAUGAGAAGCAGCGCAAAGAGGCGAAGGAGCGACUAAAAGCCGAGCAAGAAAACGUGCGCAAAACGACGGAACUCAGCAGAGCGGAGGAGAAGAAAGGAAAAGAAGGGAUGUUGUCGAACUCGUUCAAAGAGGGGAUGCUGUCCAACUCGUUCCUUAACCGAUCAUCUCGCGGUAGUCGGUCGAUGAUGACGAAGAAGAGCUUCAUGUUUUUGAACAAGGAAAAGGAUGCGGGAGAGAGCUCGAGUACCCUCCAGGGAGAGCCGAUGACGAAUGGGGAUAGCGCACCCCUAACGCCAACCCUUGCGCACGAAAAGCACGAAAAGCACGACAGACACGACAAGCACGACAAGCAUGAUAGGCACGACAAGCUCAAGGACCGGUUUACGUUUGGAAUAGGGCGGAAAAAGAGUAGCAACGUCUUAUCAUAG